CUACGCCAACAAUCGCACACAGUGAUGACUUCUGAAGCUUAUAGCAUUUACAGCUGAAAAUGAAAAAUGUUUCAACGGCAAUUAGGAGUUUCCAGUGCUGAGGUAAUCUUAGGUCUUGCUGCAACUACAAGGGUGUAAUCACAAGAUUAGACAGAGUGGGAGGGAAGGAUCCCAGUCUCUCUAACCAGACAGGUCCCUGGAAAACACUACGUCUCACAGUGGGCAUACUGAAGCAUGUUGCAGACCGUCACUGAAUGGCUGUGGUGGGAGCGUCUGUGGCUGCCAGAAAACGUCUCCUGGUCCGAUCUGGAGGACAAUGAAGGUCGUGUCUACGCUAAAGCCUCCCAACUUUACGCUGCUCUGCCCUGUGCCCUCUGCAUGCUCCUGGUCAGAUACCUGUUUGAGAGGUAUCUGGCCGCACCACUGGCUGAUGUUUGGGAAAUCAGGGACAGGGUACGACUCACAGCAGAACCCAACCCAGUCCUAGAAAACUACUUCUGCAGCCAAGCACGGGUUCCAUCAAAGGCUGAUGUGACGUCUCUGUGUAAGAAGACCAGUUGGCCGGAAAGGAGAGUUCAAGUCUGGUUCAGGAGGAGGAGGAACCAGGAGCGCCCAGGGCUUCGCAAGAGGUUCUGCGAGGCCAGUUGGAGAUGUGUGUUUUAUUUUUUUGCAUUUGUCUAUGGAGUCCUAGCUCUCUAUGAUAAACCUUGGUUCUAUAAUCUGAAGGAGGUUUGGGCAGGCUUCCCUAAACAAUCCAUGCUGCCAUCUCAGUACUGGUAUUACCUCUUGGAAAUGGGCUUCUACUCUUCUCUGCUCCUCAGCCUCACUUUUGAUGUUAAACGCAAGGACUUCAAAGAGCAGGUGAUUCAUCACAUAGCCACACUGACUCUUCUGAGUUUCUCCUGGAUUUCAAACUACAUCCGUAUUGGGACGCUUGUGAUGGCAGUUCAUGACUCCGCCGACAUACUGCUCGAGGGUGCAAAGGUAUUAAACUACGCCAAGUGGCACCGGACUGCUAAUGCCAUGUUUGUGGUGUUCACGUUUCUCUUUAUGCUGACAAGACUUGUCAUUUUUCCAUUCUGGUUGAUCCACUGUACAUGGGUGUACCCACUGGAGGAGUUUGCUCCCUUCUUUGGCUACUACUUCUUCAAUGUGAUGUUGCUGGUGCUGCAGAUGCUCCACUUCUACUGGGCUGUUCUCAUAUCACGAAUGCUCUACAAGUGUAUCUUCAGCAAGCUGGAAGGUGAUGACAGGAGCGAUGCAGAGGAGGAUGACAGUGACUCACCGAUGGAAAGAAACCACAAAUCCAGUCACAUCAAUGGCUCUGGAGCCAGAGGCCGGGCCAAUGGCCACUAACGCAUACACACAGGCGGAAGCAGAGAAAAAGGAAACUGGACAGCAGACAUGUGGACAGAUUCAGUCUGAAUUACAGCUGUUAGAAUCUAAUUGCUUAUAAGAAAUAGUAAAUACUCUGAUACACAGAGAUUAUUAUUUAAAGGGACUGUGAAGGAUUAUACGUAAACAGAUGUGAAGCUGCGUGGUAUCUGGAGUUCCUCAAUUCAGAACCUUUCAACUACCUUAUUCUUCUCCUAAUUAAAAAUAGAGGAAGACACCUUUAAUAUGUUGUUUUUUGCAUUUUUUAUGUUGUUCUGAAUAAUUAUAAUCACAGUAAAAAUGAUGACGUGAGUCACAUGUGUGGAUAUAUGUGCUUCUACCAGUGUGUUUGGUCGGGCACAUUAAUGCAAAACCAAAGCUAC